AGUCGGCCGUCUGCUGUUUAGCGUGCUCUUUGAUCUUCAACCGUCCAUACAGAGAUAUGGCUCGAUCUGCAGAUGGUGGCUAGGGCCGGUCAGCUAUCGCAGAGCUGUGGACCGAACACUUCCAUAUCAUUCGUGUAAUGUUCUGCUUUUACAGUCUGUUAGUUGUGUGCAUAUGCUGUGCGCCAUCCACGCUCUCAUUGUUUGUUGAUCGAACAAACCCAGCGGCUCUUUCACGAUUCGUGGAAGACGAAUACGAUGCUGAAGAAGCGCCUCUGUCCCCGUGGGGGCCCUAUGUCCCAAUGGACCAGAAGGCAUUCAACAGAGAUUUUGGCGAGGCUUUCGAUAAUGCGCAUGCGAAACGCGCAACAACGGCGUCCAGAAGAGAGGAGGCAAUGACCAUUGAAAGCAACAGGAAGAAAGGAACCGUAAAUGUUGUGAUCAGCAUACGAGACGGUGCGGAUCUCCCGAGGUUCUGUGAUCCGAUCAUGAGGGGAGAUUGGGGCGAGCAUGUUUCUCUCUCCAUUUACGUGAAGAACGAUAAUAUCAAGUUCGGUGAGAUGAAUGUUAUGCCCAACGGCAUCCAUGAGAUGAUUCAAAUCCCGAACAUCGGACGAAACGAACAUGCUUACGCGGUGCAUUUGGCGCGCAAAGCUCCGAACUUCUCGGACGUUGAGAUCUUAACGAAGACCAACGUAAUACACGAUGAUCCGGACCGCAUGGAUCAGAUGGUCAGAUACAUGGUGGACUUAGCGCGGAAUGGGACUUAUGAUUCGGUGUCUUUCCCGUGGGCAUUCGACCGUCGAUAUUUGAAUGUGCGGUGCGACCCGGCAUGGAGCCAUCAUUCCCUCUACCAAGAAUUUUGUGGGGGGGAUCAGAGUGCCAAGGGUGGAUUGAUCAAGACGGAGAACUACAAGGAUGGGUCUGUUCCCUUGCAGGUGCUGAGACAACCGAGUUCGUUCGAGGGCUUACCACCUGAUUUCGGUUUCGCGCUGCGCACACUGCAGCAGCCGCUCCCGUUAGUCCACGAGACAUAUGGUGAAGGCAUGCUCGCGUUGCGGCGGGACGUGCUGGAACAGUUUUCUGCCGACUGGUACCGGGAGUUCCAGAAACUCAUGUAUCAGGCUGCGGCGGCGAAGGGUGCCUCGGCAAGUACCCGCGACACCGAGUACGACAAGGCAUACAGCCGCGCCGACGUGAAACACCACGACGACGCCAUGAUGUGGAUUUUCCCGCUGGUGUUCAGCCGAGCGACUCCGUUAAACCAGGAUUUCCCUGCGUGGCUCGUAGCUCCGAGUACCGUGGACCUGUUCGAUACAGUCGACAACAUGCGGAAGUUUUACACACCAGGCAUCAAUCCUGACGCAGGAAGUUGCCCCCUCCAUGCAGUGUCGGAUCCGGGCUGCGAGUGCCCAUCGGACGCACUCUGGUGGUUUUACAAGCUGGGCCACUGCCACUGCGGGCUGGCGUCAAAGCCGGAUGCCCAGAGCGGCCGCUGGGUGAAGGUCGGCGGGCAGCGUUACUUCGCAGUCCCUGGGCGCUCCGUUGCGGUCGAGGCCCCGGGCCCGGAGGCCAGCAGUCUGGCGUCAGCGCCGGCCGCGUGAGCCGGCCAGCAGGGCCUUGGUGCGGAGGCGUGAGAGCACGGCGGCGCGGCCGGGCGGCGAGGAUGGCCUGCUGGACCCUCGGAGGCGGGGCGCGCCGCGUGAGAGGAAGGAGGAGGGGGCCAGGUUGUAGGUGGCCAGAGGUGCCAGCAGUGACGAAGCGUCCUGACUCGCCAGUAUGCCCACCAAAUCAUGUCAUGAGAGCGUUAUGUGCUCUAUUCGGCAUGUUCUCAGAGCAUGUUCGGUUGUGACAGCCUUGUUUUAACCGGCCGGUGCAAUGCUCUAAGAACAGUGAUUUGUUUUUGUUGCUAGACUUUGGUCUUAAAACAUGUCGUGGUACGCCUACAGUCAAGCAGUGGCGAAGCGUAUCAGCUCGCCUACAGGCCUACCAAAUAAUGUUCUAAUAACCUUCUGUGGUCUGCAC